AUGAGGCUGGCACAAGGCUGUAACACGACCUGGGCGGUAUCAGCAGCAGCAGCAGCAGCAGCAACAGCAACAGCCGAAGCAGCAGCGGCAGCGGCAGCACUGCCAAGUCUAGCAUGCUGCGGUGGCAGAGUGGUGGCAGUGGCACCCGUCUCGGUAGCGAGCAUUCGCUUUCGCAUUAAUACCGCUCGCUUGACUUCCCUUGCUACUUUUCUUCCUUCUCUCCUCUCCUUCCUUUCUCCCCUCUCCGUCCUUCCUUCCUCUCUCCCCUCCCCUCCCUCCCCUCUCCUUCCUUGCUCUCCUCAAUUCCUUCCCUUCCGCCCUCGGCUACGCCUGCCGCCUUCCUGUCUCUGUCUUGGUCCCUUCCUGCUUGAUCCGGCGAGUGUCGAGCACAGACCACCCCGAUCACCGUCGAGGAGGGAAUUGGCCGCCUCCGCCUCUCACCUCCUUCUCGCCUCUCAUCUCUUUCUCGCCCCUCACCUCGUCAUCGCCCCAUCGUCGUGCGUGCGUCCAACCGAUCCGACACGCAUCGCAGCCGGCGUCGUUUUCGGCCUCGGCCUCGGCUUCGGCUUCGGCAUCCCGCCUGUCAGCGCCACCUCGGAAGAGCCGCCGCGGCCACUCCCAUCGCUGUCGCCGCCGCUAGCGCCGCCGCCGGCGCGUGGCCCCAUCGCUCCCAGCAGCAGCAGCGCACCCAGCCAUCUCCGCUCCUCGACCAAGCACCCCACAUUCUCAACGUCAUCACCGUCGACGGCCUUUGAGCAGCAGCAGCAGCAGCAGCAGCAGCAGCAGCACCCGCGCGCUCCCAUGGAGGAGCCCAACGACCUGGCCGCUCAGCAUGAGGCGGCCAAGGACUACCAGCCCGCUCUCGAGGGUCCCCCGGUAGGCGAGAAGACGACCAGCGACGCCAUCACGCACGAGUAUGCCAAGGCGGAUCCCGUCUACGUCGAGAAGACGGUGGCGCUGCCACAGACGUACUCGCACUACCGGCCCAUCCAGGGCGACGGCAACUGCGGCUGGCGAGGUGCGUACUCAUCCGAGCCGUCGCCGUCGGCGGAGCUCGCGUCCGAAGCCUAG